AUGGCUGAAAACAGGGAGCAGGCGCAGAUCCAGAGCCAAAGGGCUAGGCGCCAAUGCCACUUUACAAUCGUUGGCAGGCCUCCCUCCUCCUUCCGGGGCUAUGAAAACGCGCGAAUUUUCCAUGCCAUUGGUGCUGCGCCGUACUUGGUCAUGUAUGUGCUCCCCUCAACCCAAUCAGAGAAGAGGGUCAAGGCGCUCGAUGUGUUGGUGGUCAGGCCGCCAUUUUUGCUCAUUAUUUGA